AGAAGCAGGCAACGCCGCCGGGAAAGGAGGCCGCCGCCUCGGUAGCAGCUGGGAGGUGUCUCCCGGACUCAGGGGCCGCGGCGCUUCCUCUGCGGACGCUGCGCGAGGCAAGGCCACCCGGGCCGAGGAAGCCGCCCCCGGAGCCCCCUCCCGCCCGCCGGCGCCGCCUCCGAGCCGCCUCGGCCGUAGCUGCGGCCCAGGCGGGAGGCGGCGGCGGCUGGCGAGGCAAGCCGGCCAUCGCCCUGCCUGUCAGGCCACCCGAGCGGCCCGGCUCGGCCCGCGGACAGCCCCCGAUGCGGAGGAGCUGCCGCCGGGGCCAUGCAGCAGGCGCCGCAGCCGUACGAGUUCUUCAGCGAAGAGAACAGUCCGAAAUGGCGGGGACUGUUGGUCUCGGCCCUGCGGAAGGUUCAGGAGCAAGUACACCCCAAUCUCUCAGCUACUGAAGAGUCUCUCUAUUAUAUUGAAGAGUUGAUUUUUCAGCUGCUUAAUAAAUUAUGCAUGGCACAACCAAGGACUGUUCAAGAUGUGGAGGAACGAGUUCAAAAGACCUUUCCUCAUCCAAUUGAUAAAUGGGCUAUUGCUGAUGCACAGUCUGCCAUAGAGAAACGAAAACGAAGAAAUCCUCUCUUACUGCCUGUGGACAAAAUCCAUCCUUCACUGAAGGAAGUUUUAGGGUACAAAGUGGACUACCAUGUGUCCUUAUAUAUUGUGGCUGUCCUAGAGUAUAUCUCAGCUGAUAUUUUGAAAUUGGCUGGUAAUUAUGUUUUCAAUAUUCGACAUUAUGAAAUAUCUCAGCAGGACAUUAAAGUAUCAAUGUGUGCGGAUAAGGUUUUGAUGGACAUGUUUGAUCAGGAUGACAUAGGUUUGAUUUCUCUCUGUGAAGAUGAACCUAGUUCUUCAGGUGAAUUAAACUAUUAUGACCUUGUCAGAACUGAAAUUGCAGAAGAAAGACAGUAUCUGCGGGAACUAAAUAUGAUUAUAAAAGUGUUUCGAGAAGCCUUUCUUUCUGACAAAAAGCUGUUUAAACCUUCCGACAUAGAAAAGAUUUUCAGUAACAUUUCAGAUAUACAUGAGUUGACUGUAAAACUUUUAGGUUUGAUUGAAGACACAGUUGAAAUGACUGAUGAAAGUAGUCCUCAUCCCUUAGCUGGCAGCUGUUUUGAAGACUUGGCAGAAGAGCAAGCGUUUGAUCCUUAUGAAACAUUAUCGCAGGACAUUCUUUCACCAAAAUUUAAUGACCAUUUCAAUAAGUUGAUGGCCAGACCUGCCGUGGCUCUACACUUUCAGUCCAUUGCUGAUGGUUUUAAAGAGGCAGUUCGUUAUGUCCUUCCACGCCUUAUGCUGGUGCCAGUGUAUCAUUGUUGGCACUAUUUUGAAUUAUUAAAGCAAUUGAAAGCAUGCAGUGAAGAAGAAGAAGACAAAGAAUGUUUGAACCAAGCUAUUACUGCUCUCAUGAAUCUCCAAGGUAGUAUGGACCGAAUUUACAAGCAGUAUUCACCUCGACGCCGACCUGGGGAUUCUGUUUGCCCUUUUUAUAAUCGCCAAUUAAGAAGCAAGCACCUGGCUAUUAAAAAAAUGAAUGAAAUUCAGAAAAACAUAGAUGGAUGGGAAGGCAAAGAUAUUGGACAAUGUUGUAAUGAAUUUAUUAUGGAAGGUCCGUUGACAAGAAUUGGUGCUAAACAUGAACGGCAUAUUUUUCUCUUUGAUGGUUUAAUGAUUAGCUGCAAACCCAACCAUAGCCAGUCUCGCCUUCCAGGUUACAGUAGUGCCGAAUACAGAUUAAAAGAAAAAUUUGUCAUGAGAAAAAUACAAAUAUUUGAUAAAGAAGAUACUUGUGAGUACAAACAUGCUUUUGAAUUAGUAUCCAAAGAUGAAAACAGCAUAAUAUUUGCUGCUAAGUCUGCUGAAGAGAAAAAUAAUUGGAUGGCAGCACUUAUUUCUCUUCAUUAUCGUAGUACUCUAGAUCGAAUGCUAGAUUCAGUACUAUUGAAAGAAGAAAAUGAGCAGCCACUGAGAUUACCAAGUCCUGAAGUAUAUCGUUUUGUGGUAAAAGACUCUGAGGAAAACAUUGUUUUUGAAGACAACUUGCAAAGUAGAAGUGGAAUCCCCAUCAUUAAAGGAGGAACUGUGGUGAAAUUAAUUGAAAGGUUAACGUAUCAUAUGUAUGCAGAUCCCAAUUUUGUUCGUACUUUUCUUACUACAUAUCGUUCAUUUUGUAAACCACAGGAAUUGCUAAGCUUACUGAUUGAACGAUUUGAAAUUCCAGAGCCAGAACCUACUGAAGCAGAUAAAUUGGCAGUAGAGAAAGGCGAGCAGCCAAUUAGUGCAGACCUUAAAAGGUUUCGCAAGGAAUAUGUCCAACCAGUACAACUUAGGAUCCUAAAUGUGUUUCGGCACUGGGUUGAACACCAUUUUUAUGACUUUGAAAGAGAUUUGGAGUUGCUUGAAAGACUAGAAUCCUUCAUUUCAAGUGUAAGAGGAAAAGCCAUGAAGAAAUGGGUAGAGUCAAUUGCUAAGAUCAUUAAGAGGAAGAAACAAGCUCAGGCAAAUGGAAUAAGCCAUAAUAUUACCUUUGAAAGUCCACCUCCGCCAAUUGAAUGGCAUAUCAGCAGACCAGGACAAUUUGAAACAUUUGAUCUCAUGACACUUCAUCCAAUAGAAAUUGCACGUCAGCUAACACUUUUGGAAUCUGAUCUCUACAGGAAAGUUCAACCUUCUGAACUUGUAGGAAGUGUAUGGACGAAAGAAGAUAAAGAAAUAAAUUCUCCCAAUUUAUUAAAAAUGAUUCGCCACACCACAAAUCUCACGCUCUGGUUUGAAAAGUGCAUUGUGGAAGCAGAAAAUUUUGACGAACGGGUGGCAGUACUAAGUAGAAUUAUAGAAAUUCUGCAAGUUUUUCAAGAUUUGAAUAAUUUCAAUGGUGUACUGGAGAUAGUCAGUGCAGUAAAUUCAGUGUCAGUAUACAGACUAGACCACACCUUUGAGGCAUUACAGGAAAGAAAAAGGAGAAUUUUGGAUGAAGCUGUGGAAUUAAGUCAAGAUCACUUUAAAAAAUACCUAGUAAAGCUUAAGUCAAUCAAUCCACCUUGUGUGCCUUUUUUUGGGAUAUAUUUAACAAAUAUUCUGAAGACUGAAGAAGGGAAUAAUGAUUUUUUAAAAAAGAAAGGUAAAGAUUUAAUCAAUUUCAGUAAGAGGAGGAAAGUGGCGGAAAUUACUGGAGAAAUUCAGCAGUAUCAGAAUCAACCUUAUUGUUUACGGAUAGAACCAGAAAUGAGGCGGUUCUUUGAAAACCUUAACCCCAUGGGAAAUGCUUCUGAAAAAGAGUUUACAGAUUAUUUGUUCAACAAGUCACUAGAAAUUGAACCCCGAAACUGUAAACAGCCACCUCGAUUUCCUAGGAAAUCAACUUUCUCCUUAAAAUCUCCUGGAAUAAGGCCUAAUGCAGGCCGACAUGGCUCUACCUCAGGCACUUUACGAGGUCAUCCAACACCAUUAGAAAGAGAACCAUGUAAAAUAAGCUUUAGUCGGAUUGCUGAAACUGAGAUUGAAUCAACAGCAUCAGCACCAACCUCUCCAAAUACACCAUCUACUCCACCAGUAUCUGCUUCUUCAGACCUUAGUGUGUUUUUAGAUGUGGAUCUCAACAGUUCCUGUGGCAGCAAUAGCAUCUUUGCUCCAGUUCUCUUGCCACAUUCAAAGUCUUUCUUCAGUUCGUGUGGUAGUUUACAUAAACUAAGUGAAGAGCCACUGAUUCCUCCUCCUCUUCCUCCUCGCAAAAAGUUUGAUCAUGAUGCUUCAAAUUCCAAGGGAAAUACGAAGUUUGAUGAUGAUCCCCCUGCUAUUCCACCGAGACAACCUCCUCCUCCAAAGGUAAAACCCAGAGUUCCUGCUCCUACUGGUGCAUUUGAUGGGCCUCUGCACAGUCCACCUCCGCCACCGCCAAGAGAUCCUCUUCCUGAUACCCCUCCACCGGUUCCCUUUCGGCCUCCAGAACACUUUAUAAACUGUCCAUUUAAUCUUCAGCCACCUCCACUGGGACACCUGCACAGAGAUCCAGACUGGUUCAGAGACGUUAGUACGUGUCCAAAUUCGCCAAACACUCCUCCUAGCACACCCUCUCCAAGGGUGCCACGUCGAUGCCAUGUGCUCAGUUCUAGUCACAAUAAUCUUGCUCAUCCUCAAGCUCCCCCUGUUCCGCCAAGGCAGAAUUCAAGCCCUCACCUACCAAAACUGCCACCAAAGACUUACAAACGAGAGCUUUCACACCCCCCAUUGUAUAGACUGCCUUUGCUAGAAAAUGCAGAAACUCCUCAGUGACCUUAGUCAUAUGUAGUCAUUGACACUGGAAUGGUAUUUGUAUUUGUUUUUUUUUUAAUUUAUUAAAAAGAAAGGCAUAGUAUUUUAGUACUUUUUACAAAUAAUGCUCUUAAAAAUGCUACUGAUCAAAUAAGCUUUUAAAAAUUGGAAAAAUAAAAAUACAAAAUUCCUUUACCAUUAUCCUCAGGUGAUCAGUAGCAUUGCCUUGUCUUGGAUCCUCAGUGCUGCCAAAAGGCCAGUAUAAAGAAUUUAUAUUUGCACUGUAGACUCUGCUAAAAUAUGAUUUAAAGUAAUAUUGAUUGCACUGAAAGGGGAUAGUGCAUUUAUGGAAUUUUUCAAAUUUGAGUAAUAGCUGCCUUUUCAAGGCAAUAAAUUUACACAAAUAUAGGGGGUGUGUGGUGUUAACUGAUUUUUAAACCUCUUUGGCCAUCUUCUAGUUUUUACUUCUAGUUUUUACAUUUAGGAGAAUUGUGAAUAACACCCACUAUUCUUAAACUCUUUAAUGCCAUGUCUUAAAUGCCAGAAUUUGCUGCUCAAGACAAAAAUGAAAAAUAGAAUGAAAAGAAUAGAAUGCACUGUGUUUAUUAUUUUGUCAAAAAUGUAAACAAAGACUACCUAACCCAAUCAUAGAGGAGAAAAGGGCAUGUAUCAUAUUCAGAUGUGCCUUUUGUUUUUGCAGACUAUGGUAUCUGUAGCUAAUGAGUUGCCUAUUGUUUUGGAAAACAGUUAAUAUGCCAUGUAUGUACAGUUUUGUUUAUAUUGUAUAUUUAAAGAUAAUGCUAAUAACCUAUAUAAAUUUAAGUGACUCGAGGCCUGUACUACAAUCUGCUACUUUACUAAUUCAUAAAUUGAGAGGAAAAGUUUAUGGCAUCGGAACCAACUGCCUUGCUGUCAAAACCUAGUAACUUUCUCUAUAAAUCUUGUAUGAACUAAAAUUUUUUAAAAAUAUUUUUUUAGAUUGGUAAUAUUUAAAAUAGCAAAUACUUAAAGCUUUAUUAAACUUUUUAAUCAGAGAAGGGAGUAAAACUUUUAUUUGCCAUUUGGACUUCUUCGUUUAAAGUGAUGAAAAAGCGUGUUUUGCUGAUUGUGCCGGUAGCAGCAGUUGUAAAGUAGCCAAAAGCCACGUUAUUUACUGGUCUGAGGCCUUUUACUGUGCUUUGUAUCAGAGUUCUUAACAAGAUUAAUAAAUCACACCCCAGUCUUAAUUUUUAAAAGACUUUCAACAUAUGUGUUUUCAGUAUAAGGAACAAAUGGGUAGGUUGUUGAGUUCUGUAGAAAUAUUUAUACACACAUUAUUUUAAAUAUGUUUGUACGACUUCAGUUACAUAAUCCCAAAGCACUUGAGUGAUGCAAAUUUUAGAGAGAGAACUUGGUCUUCACUGCUAAACAUAAUCAGCAAGCUUCUAGUAACCAUUUUUAUGCAAAUGAAAAAUUAGGAGCAUGCUAGGAAACUUGAUAAACAGGAUUGCAGCGUCCUUGGUUUAAGAUUUUGGAAACUGCCUGGGUUCAAGGCCAGUAACUACCGUGUGACUCAGUCUCCAACCAGGUAAAAACAUUCUGAGGUUGGCUUUGUUUUUUUCUUAAACAGCAGAUUAUAAUACUAGCUUUGUCUGGAAAAGUGAUUUAAACUGCCUAUUGGUGAAACCGGACUUGUAAUUUAGGGGAGAGUGAGGCAGUCCCGCGUGUAGGGGAAGCAGGUGGCUCAGCACUCGGCCACGCCCGGGUAAUGCUGCCUUCCGGGCUUUGUGCCUUCACGCACGUGUCGAGGCGCCAACUCCGCCACUAGGAGGCGCCCGGCCACUCGCAAGGUGGGGCCGCGGGGGUGGUGCGCCUGGAUAUGACGUCACGUCGCGCGCCGCAGCCUGUUGCUGAGCAGCAAUGGCAGCUCCUUUGGAGUCCUCCGUAGAGGACCCACUGCGGAACUUUGUGCGAGUUUUGGAGAAGAGGGAUGGCACGGUGUUACGACUGCAGCAGUAUGGCUCCGGCGGCGUGGGUUGCGUAGUUUGGGACGCUGCCAUUGUCCUUUCUAAAUAUCUGGAAACGCCAGGGUUUUCCGGCGAUGGGGCCCAUGUGCUGAGCCAGCGGUCAGUGCUGGAGCUGGGCUCCGGCACCGGGGCCGUGGGGCUCAUGGCGGCUACCCUCGGGGCAGAUGUUAUAGUCACCGAUCUUGAUGAAUUGCAAGACUUGCUGAAGAUGAAUAUUAAUAUGAACAAGCACCUUGUCACUGGUUCCGUUCAAGCCAAGGGGGGAAGAAAUAGAAGACUUUUCUUCUCCGCCAGACUACAUACUGAUGGCCGACUGCAUAUACUACGAAGAGUCUUUGGAGCCGUUGUUGAAAACCCUAAAAGAUCUUUGUGGAUCUGAGACUUGUAUUAUAUGUUGUUAUGAACAAAGAACAAUGGGAAAAAAUCCAGAAAUCGAGAAAAAAUAUUUUGAGCUCCUUCAACUAGACUUUGACUUUGAAAAAAUUCCUUUGGAAAAACAUGAUGAAGAAUAUCGAAGUGAAGAUAUUCAUAUUUUAUACAUCAGAAAGAAAAAAUCGAAAUUCCCAUCGUGAAAUCUUUAGUCAUCUUACCCAAGCCUCUAACAACUUGGGUAAGCUAAAGAUAUGAAUGGAGCAUGUGAAUAUAUCAUGGGAAGAUUGUGCUCACAGAUUUUUCCAGCAUGUACUUACAGAUCUGAUAUAGAUGACAACCAUCAUGGGAUGCCUGCAACACGAGAAAUGACUGCCUGCCUGCCUGCCAGUGGGCCUGAAAUCCAGCUUAGUUUACUUUUAGCUCAACAUCAAGUUCUGCUUAAAAGAAACAUUGUAUUUGUCACUCCUCAAAUAAAAAUAGGUAUUGAGAUUAGCCUAAAGACGGCCAAAAAUAAUUCAAACCAGUAAAUUUUAGUUUGUUCAAGAAAGGUAAAUUUAAAAGGUUUUUAUUUUAACAUAAUUAUGCGGUGGUUUUUAUCAUAUGUAGCUUCAUUGCUUUUAAGAUAGCUUUAAUACUUAAUGUUCUUACAUGUUUAAAAAAAAUGUUACAUUGGCCAAAGUUUUAUUCUUUUCCCCCACCAUACGUGUCUAUGUGAGUUAGAUAGUAAAUUAUACUGUAGUGAGUUAGUAAGAAUGAAAGUUAAGAAAUCAGAAGAUUGGGAGGGGGGGAAAGCCAUCUUUACAAAAAUCUUCAUUGGAUAAUGAAGUGAGACUUAAAAGCCCAUUUUCAGGCUCAUGCACUUACGUGGCUGAUGCACUUUUCCUCAUUUCUAUCUUCCAGGAAAAUGUGGCUGAAAUCACUGGUGUUAACUUGUUUACAUGAAACAAAAAUUUUUAAAUAACUACAAAUGUAGUCCCAUAUACAUUUAGCAAAUGAUUUUAAUUCUGUGUAGUCUCUGUUUUGUUACCAUGAUAAUCAUCUGAUCACAGACUGAUCUGUCAAGAGCUUAAGUCUCACCAGUUCCAAACAGUAAUAGUAACUGAUAGAAUUGUGGUACUUACAGGCAUUGGUGCUAGGUGGCACAUUUUAUGUGUUAAAAUAAACAUUGUUUUUGAGA